CUCCACGCUUGGUGAGAGCGCGGACGUUUUCCCAGCAGCCCGCGGGGCGAGCUGGUGACCAGGAACCGCGCAAGUUCCGCGUUGGGGAAGCAGAAGCUGCUCUGCAGGAGGAGGAGGAGGAAGGGACCCCAGUCGCACCAUGAACCUGGAGCGCGUUUCCAACGAGGAGAAGCUCAACCUCUGUAGGAAGUACUACUUGGGUGGCUUUGCUCUGUUGCCUUUCCUGUGGCUGGUGAACGUUUUCUGGUUUUUCCGAGAGGCCUUUCUGGUGCCGGCGUACACUGAGCAACUACAAAUAAAGCGCUAUGUCCAGCGUUCAGCCAUGGGGCUUCUUUUCUGGGUGAUCGUGCUCACCACGUGGAUCAGCAUCUUCCAGGCGCGCCGGGCAGAGUGGGGCGAGCUUGGCGACUACCUCUCCUUCACCAUCCCCCUGGGCACUCCAUGACCAAUCCCUCCUCCCUUGAUGUCACCAGCGUGGAGCUUUUAGGGUUGUAUUUUUUUCAAUGGACUCCCUGGGUGGCAUGCUAUUCUCCCCUUUUAUGGAACCAGAGUGGGAUUGUGCCAUGGUGAACUCCGGGGAGGCUGCCUCUCCUUGCAGAAUCCUCUGUUCAGUAUGCCCUGAUCACAACCUGGGGCAGAGGUGAUUAAUAAACCUGGGGUUGCCUACAUCUGCUUGCCCACAGUGUGGUGUUAUCGGGAAGAAGUGAGAAGGAGGAUAAGACCAUUAGAAGAACCUGCCAGAUCAGGCCAGCGGCCCAUCUAGUCUCUCUUAGGCAUUAGCACCAAUGGCAGUCCUUGCCUGCAAUUUUAAACAUCUGUCCUCAGCUGCAUAAAGCAGGGGUACAGUAGAAGGGCAAAAUGAAUUAUUUCUCCGUGGACAUUUGGGCUUUUUAAAAAAAUAUACAUAUCUAAACAUAUAGCAAAAUAAAAAACUUCCUUCCAGUA